CUCAUAAGGUAUACAAUUUCAAGAGUGUACAGACGCAGACGCCACUAAAACUUCUUCAUCUAAGAAAUUAGGCGUGCUCCUUUCGGAAGAAUUUAACUUAAGAUGAGGCCUCUUUUUGGCAAUAUUGGUGGUGAUUCUUCAUCUUCGAAGAAUCUUGUUGAAUUCAGAGCGGGAAAAAUGCAUUUAAGAGGGACUACUGUGACUGCAGACAAAAGGAAAGGCCAGUUGUACAUUCACCAAAGUGAUGAUUCAUUGAUGCAUUUUUGUUGGAAAGAUAGAACGACCGGAAUUGUCGAGGAUGACCUCAUCAUUUUUCCUGAUGAUGCUGAAUACAAGAAGGUACCUCAGUGUACAACAGGAAGAGCAUUUGUACUUAGAUUUAAACUCUCAAGGAGGAAGUUCUUUUUUUGGAUGCAAGAACCAAAAGAUGAUAAGGAUGAGGAUUUCUGUAAGAAGAUCAAUGAUUUGCUAAACAACCCACCAGCUCCAGGGAGCACAGGGACAGCCAGUGGCUUGCCCCCAGGACUUUCUUCGUUGGGAGACCAGCUUGGGGAUUCAGGUCUUCAAUCGCUGCUAAGCAGCAUGGACCAAAACCAAAUAAUGCAGCUGCUGAAUGGGACCGGGCUCGGAGAGUCGACAUUAAGGCCUACAACUGCAGCAAGCAACACUGGCACCUCGAGACCGGAAACUCAAGCUUCAACAACCUCUGCAGCAUCUAAGGAGUCCUCUUCAAAGCCUACAUCAAAACCACAAUCAUCUGCCGCAGCUGUACCAAAAUCCGCCAGUCCUGCAGUGCAGUUGAGUGAUUUGCAAAGUAUAUUGGCAAAUAUGAAUUCUCAACAGGAAAGUCAGGAUCCAGUUGAUUUAUCCAUGUCAAUAAACACCGAGUCGUUAGCUCCACUGCUUGCGGAUUCCGAUGUAAGAAAACGCCUCUCGGAGUUCUUACCGGAAGUUGGUGAACUUACAAACUCAGAAAACGAAAUCAAGGAAACAAUCCAGUCCCCCCAGUUUCGACAGGCCCUUUCUUCGUUCAGUGCUGCUUUGCAGUCAGGCCAACUAGCACCGUUAAUUCAACAGUUUGGUUUGGGUCCAGAGGCAACGCAGGCUGCUACGACUGGCGAUAUCAUGGCAUUCGUCAAGGCACUGCAGAACCUAGAUGACAAAAAAUCGAGCGAAUCACAGGAAGACCAUGAUAUGGCCAAAGUUGACUAGAGCAGGUUGGCCUUAAAAACUUUGAAGUAUUUUUCGAACAGUUUCCUCUUAAGUUUCCAUGUUUGUUCAAUUCUUAAAUUGAUUUAUUAACGAGCUACGCAAAA